AUGAUGUCGGCGAUCACGGGCGGUAUUUUUGUGCCACGCGAUGGAGCUGCGUCUGCGGAUGUAGCGGUAGCGCCGCCCAGGUUGUCCAACUCCGGUGAUUGUACAUUUGAGGCACAGUUUGUGUACGCCACACGGAUCAAGAGGUCAUUAUGCCUGGGCGCUCUGUGCGGGGUCGAAUUCACUAUCGCCUUUGCUACGCUCAUCAGGAUCUCCACGCAGCUCGUCGUCCGCCUCACACUCUUCUUCACGAAACAGCUCACGACGUGUUUUCUUGCGCACACCUGUCUUCUAUCCAGGGCGCCUGAGGACAACGCCCUUGUCCAGGAGCAGUUCUCACAGUAG